CCGCCCCGUCGCGUCCCCCGGGCAGCGGCAGCCGCCGUUGUCGCUUGCGGCGCAACUCGGGGCCGCUCGACGCCGAGGCCGGGAUGCGCCGCUUCCUCCGAGUGCUGUUUUGGCCCCGUUUUGGCAGCGGGGAGCAGACGCGGUGCGGGGAGAGGCGGGCUGGGGGCACCGGGCCCUGCCAGCCCCCAGGGUCUGCCCUGGCCCCGCAGCCCCACCGAGCCAAGGGGCUGCAGACGGCCGUUGGAGCCGGCGGGGCUUUGCCUGCGCGACCCGGAGCCAUGUCCAGGUACCUGAAGCACUUCACGGUGGUGGGGGACGACCCGGCGCGAUGGAGCAACGACUACCGCAAGUGGGAGGAGGAGGAGGAGGAGAGCGGGGAGAAGCAGUCGGAGCUCAAGCUGGAGCCCUCCCGGGGCCACGUCUCCUUCCAGGACAUGCUGAAGAAGCUCUUCAGCUCCCGCAGGUUCCAGAUCCUGGUCGUCUGCUUGGUCAUCGUGGACGCCUUGUUGGUCCUUGGGGAGUUGCUUAUGGACUUGAAAAUCAUCCACCCGGACAAACAUAACAUAGCCCCCAAGGUCUUGCACUACCUCUCCCUCUCCAUUUUGACCAUCUUCCUGGUCGAGGUGGGGUUCAAAGUCUUCGUCUACCGCCGGGAGUUCUUCCACCACAAGUUCGAGGUGCUGGACGGGGUCGUCGUCCUCGUGUCGUUCGUCCUCGACGUGGUCCUGCUCUUCCGGGAGCACGAGUUUGAGGCCAUCGGGCUCCUCAUUCUCCUGCGGCUGUGGCGCGUAGCCAGGAUAAUCAACGGAAUAAUUCUAUCAGUAAAGACCCGCUCCGAACAGCAAGUGUCCAAGCUAAAACAAGCAAACCUGCAACUUGCGACAAAGGUUGAACAACUUGAAUGCAGCUGCACAGAGAAGAGCGAGAUGUACUUCAGGGAUGGGAAGAUUUGUAGGAAGCUGGGAAACUAUUUUAAGCCAGAGUGUAACUCCUUGUUUUGGAUAUUCCAGGAGGACUUUCCCCCAUUGUAUUUCUGCAAUUUUUUUUUCCCCAUGGGUCUGAGAAGAGGGGAUCACAGCCUUGCCUAAGCUGAUGCCGCAGUACAAGUACAGAUCUCAGGCAAGAGAGGACAGUGAGAGUGAUAAGGGGGCAGGAGGAGAGCUAACUUUCACCUGUUCUGAGGUGCGGAGGUGAGUUAUCGGCACCCAGUCAAGCACAUCCUGGGCUUGAGAAUUUCCAAAUGAGGCCACGUAUUCAGGAAAGUUUUGUCCCUUCAGUAAAUCUAGGAGGGUUUGAGUCAAGAGUUGGCAUUCCAUAGUGGCAGUGAUUCUUCCAGAAAGAAAAGAAAAGAGUUAAAGCAAAACCCAUUGGUCUGGCACAAUAAUAAUUUCUCCUUGCUCUCAUGCACUGUUUCAGCCCUCUGGCUACAAUUGCUAAUGUACACAAUCUUUCCAAGAGAAAGACCACUGUUAAUUAAAUGACAUUUCUUAUAAUUAAAUACCCCACUCCUGAUGUUCCUAGAGCUGUGUUAAUGUCCCAGAAUCUGAGCAGAUUCUAAGGGAAAGGGCUGUCAUUGUGUUAAAAGCACUAAUCAAGAAAUGAAAAAUGUCCUCUUACCGUAACUUACAGCCUGAUAUCAUGUUGUAACCAAAUAAUACUGGGGUUCUGGCUCCUGCUGCUGCCAGACAGUCCUGGUUGGAGGUACUUUGCAGAAUGGUAAGUUGACCAUAUUUGUUAGUAUUCUGAAUGAUGCCAGAUGUAAUACACAGUUAAGGGCAAAUUCAAUACUUGAUAUAUGUUAUAAAGAAAGAAUCCUUAGUCAUAUCCUUAAAAUAUAUCUGAAAAAUAUCAUAAUAGUUCAAGACUCCUCUCUUACACUGGAGUGUACAAUGAAAGUCUAAACCUACCUCUUCUAAAAAGUCCCAUGAGAUUGCAGCAAGGACUGAGUCAUUUGCUAUUUCUGAAACACAGCCAAAAAGCAUACUUUACUUUGCAUAAAGAACAGAUACAUUGUAUAGAUGUCCGUGCUACAAAGUGUUUGUGAAGAUGCACCAGAACAGGGCAAGAUCCCUUUGUCUGCCUUUUGCCAUGAUGAUGGUCUCUUUUCAAAGGACUUGCUUUGUGCUUAAAAAGUUUUUCAACCCUGCUGCAAACCAAAUUUCAACAGGAAAAGGAUAUCCAUGUGGCCUGAAGCCUGCUCUUACAGGCAGUCCAACAACAUAACCAGGAUUACCACUGAGAGGAACUGGCUUUGUAUUUACCUGUAAUACAAGUUUACAGUCUUAGUUCUUAUCCUGCACCAAAAUGAUUGGAAAACAAAAUAUUUUGGGUAUUUUAGGAUUAUUAACAGCCUUGAACAAUGAUAAUAGUAAGACUUCUCUGUAAGAUUGUAACAGUUCUCUAACAUUGGGAUCAGGCUUUGCUUUCACUGGGUACAUUGUACAGCAUUACAAGCUGACUCUUCUAAAUGUGAAAAACAGACUUUGGAGGCCUUUAAUGUACAGUUCUGAAAUGCCGCCUCAUUUGUGUAGCCAGUGCAAAUUACAUUUUACCUUGCUGCUGCAAUUGUUCUGAUUCAGGUUUAAUAAGUUCUGUAAUUAAAUGUCUUUCAACAAGUCAUCUGUAACAUCUCCAGCGGUUACCUGAGUAAAGCUGAUUUCAAAGCUC